UGUGUCACCUUUCACAGCAGCGAGGCCGGAACCAGGACCAUGGGGGCUGCCCCCUCUACAGUGGGGGCCUCGGGGAUGGCCAGCCAGGGUGGCAUGGUUCACAGCCUGCAGGAGCUGCGGCGCAGUGCAUCUCUGGCCACCAAGGUCUUUGUGCAGCGGGAUUACAGCGAUGGGACCACGUGCCAGUUCCAGACAAAGUUCCCUCCUGAGCUGGAGAGCCGGAUCGAGCGGCAACUCUUUGAGGAAACAGUGAAAACCCUUAAUGGCUUCUAUGCUGAGGCGGAGAAGAUUGGGGGCAGCUCCUACCUGGAGGGAUGCCUGGCCUGUGCCACUGCCUAUUUCAUCUUCCUCUGCAUGGAGACGCACUAUGAGAAGGUCCUGAAGAAGAUCUCCAAGUACAUCCAGGACCAGAACGAGAAGAUCUAUGCACCACGGGGGCUGCUGCUCACUGACCCCCUGGAGCGUGGCAUGAGGGUCAUUGAGAUCUCCAUCUACGAGGACCGGUGCAGCAGCGGCAGCUCCAGCAGUGGCAGCUCCAGCAGCAGCAGCAGUGGGGGGGGUGGCGGGGCUGGGGGCCGGUGA